GCCAUUUUAAGUAAGGAGCGACUUGUUCAACUGGGUGAGAACACACGUUGGGUAUUGUGUGGACCGAAAUACACACAAAAAUACACAGUGAAUUAAAGAAGUUCAUGCACGAAGAUAUUCCACAGAAACUUCUAAGAGGAUUUUGGCCCGAAAAUCGGAGAUUUCGUUGGAUCCGAAUGAAAAGCUGAGGUGAACAAUGACUCAGUUUCUUCCACCGAACCUGUUGGCAUUGUUUGCCCCGCGGGACCCGAUACCGUUCCUGCCUCAACUAGGAAAGCUUCCUCACGAGAAACACCACAACCAGCCCUACUGCGGAAUUGCUCCUUUUAUCCGGCAUUUUGAGGACCCCAGAGAUGCCCCUCCACCCACAAGAGCAGAGACACGGGAGGAGAGACUGGAGAGGAAGAGAAGAGAGAAGAUGGAGAGGAGGCAAGUUGUGGUUGAAGGAGAGCUGAAGCUAUGGGACCCACAUAAUGACGCUAAUGCCCAAGGAGAUGCGUUUAAGACCUUGUUUGUGGCUCGAAUUAACUAUGAUACCACCGAAUCCAAACUGCGGCGAGAGUUUGAGGUCUAUGGUCCUAUCAAACGGAUUUACAUUGUGUACAACAAGAAAACUGGAAAACCGAGAGGCUAUGCGUUCAUUGAAUACGAGCACGAGAGAGACAUGCACUCUGCUUAUAAGCAUGCGGAUGGCAAAAAGAUUGAUGGUCGUAGAGUGCUUGUUGAUGUUGAAAGAGGAAGAACGGUAAAAGGAUGGCGCCCCCGGCGACUUGGUGGGGGUCUUGGUGGCACAAGGCGAGGAGGCGCAGAUGUCAACAUUAAGCACUCUGGCAGAGACGACACAUCUCGUUAUGAUGACCGACCAAUUGGAAGUGAUCGGGAUCGUGGUGAACGCCGGGAACGCAGUCGGGAACGUGACCGAGACAAGGAACGCGGAGAACGCCGGCGUUCCCGGUCCAGAGAGAGACGUAGGCGCACCAGGUCCCGUGAGCGUGAGAGGGCCGCUGCAGGGGAUGAAGCUGGGGGCAGCAGCCGACGACGAGAGAGGGAAAGAGAACGAGGUGGAGCUGGAGCUGGAGAAAGCAGAGAGAGGAGUAGAGACCGGGAUCGAGAUAGAGACCGCAAGAGGAGGAGCAGGAGCAGGGAUAGGAAGAGAGACAGGGAAAGAGGAAAGGGUGCAGAAGGAGGGGAGGAAGGCAUGGGCGGCCUAGUUGAUGGCAUGAUGCCUGAAGGUGGAGAUAGGGGCAUGGAGGACCCCUUGGGUGGUGAACCAGGGCGAGGUGAGGAGGCAGGGCCUGAAGGAGAGGAAAGGGGGAGGGAUCGAGACAAAGACAGGGAAAGAGAUCGUGAUAGGAAGCGCAGCCAUAGAGAUAAAGAUAGAGAAAGAGAUCGGGACAGAAGGCGGGACAGGGAUCGAGAUCGUGACCAUAAGCGUGACCGGGGUGAUCGGGACCGUGGGGAGCGAAGGGAAGAUCGUCACAUUUCCUCCUCGGGAGAUCAUGAGGGUUUGGGUAAUGGAGGGGAAGAGGGUGAAGAACCAGCACCGCCACAAUCAGAAGAAGGUUCACAGGAUGGGAUGAGGAUGAUGAUGAUGGAUCAGGAUUCCAUGCAGUCAGGAGAGGGCUAUGCCUCCAAUGAAAAUGGGUACAGAAUGGAGGCCCAGGGUGAUGAGUACUGAAAGUGCCGUCAUUGUGUGAAUGAUUCUAGGUUAUCUAGUUGUAAUGUUGAUUUGAUUCACAAAUAUUUUCAACCAUUAUUUAAUGCCUCCACCUUUUGCUUGCACUGUCCACAGCGUGUGAGUAUUAUACUGUACUAUACUACCAACAGCUAUCACUGAAAGAGCUUAGUGUCUCCCUAGUAAGAAGCGUCCUAUUGUUAAAAUAAACAUUAUGUAGCUAAACUGUGAGCUUUUUUUUUUUAAUGUUUUUAGCUCUGGUAAACCUAUUUCUGUGGCUUGGACUACAGUAAAUACUUGGCUUGAUGCAUUUGAAUUCCCUGUCUAACAUUUUGAUAUCAAGUGACCAUAACUGGGAAGAGAUUUCUUGACUGAAGCACUGUAUUAUAAUACAGUGUAGUUUCAGUUGGAGAUGAGUUUGUUUGUUGGAGUUAUUGGGGUUGUUUAGUACUGUUAUGUCCAUUUUCAUAGAUGUUUGCAGAGUACAAUAGUAACGUUUCAUGGUUUAGUACAUUUAUCUGUAACAUUCUUUUUGUAUUGGUCUUCCCUUUAAUUUCUCUGCGACUUUUUAUUUUCAUGUACAUUUGUUUUAUAUUUGGUCCUAUAUAUGGAUCGUUUACAAAUCGUACAGUUCCCCUUAAUUUUACAGCAGGAACAAAGGCAGAAAAUAUGACACGUGCUUUUAAAUGGAAAUGUCUGCCAUGGUCUCACGGAAAUUGCUCUUAAUUUUAUGUAUAGGUUUUUUCAGUUUGUAUCUCUGGUCGUAUUUGUUCUGCUUAAUUCUUGAAUAAAUACUUUUUUAUUGCCAAA